CGGGGCGAGGCGGCACCAACCCAACGGCUCGUUUGCAUCAUCGACACGCCCCGGCUUUGCUCAAGUACUGCUAUAUAUAGAGGGGGGUGUCCAGAUCAUGGAGGAGUAGCUGGCAUGAAACUAUAGCCACAUCUCUCGUCAUCUUUGACAAGAACUUAACUUUUUUUUCUUCCUUUCGGCUACAGCGUAUACACAAGCUUGCUGUUUAUCUUGAUCUGUUUUUCUCGAUCAAGACCAGCCGUCAGCGAGCGAGCUGCCUUCCUUCCCUUUGGCACAUCCACACCCCACCUAUUUUUGCUGCCUGGAGUUUCCUUUAUCUGACAGUUCCACCUAUUUCUGCUGCUUCAUUUGAUCUGAAAUUUUGUUGAUCCAGCUGUGUUAACGAUCAGAUCAGAUCACAGAGAAAAAACAAUAUCAGAUCAGGUCUUCGUUUUUUCUGAUUCCGUAGGGCUUUUGAAUCCUUGAUCUCGAUGGCUUGCAAGCCGUGCUACAACACCAACGGCGGCUGCGCCAGCCGCCAGGCCACGAAGGUGGCGUCGUUUCCACGGCCGCCGGCGCCACCCCAGCCUCCGCUCCUGCCGCUGCCGGCGCAGGCACCGUCUCAGUACCCCUUCCAGCUACAGCCGGUGGCCUGUCCGGUGUCGCGCGCCAAGAAGCCCCGUUGCGGCCACGACGCCGCGCUGGCACGCACGAUGCCCGCCGCGGCCGGGGCCUCGGCACCGAUCACCGUCGCGGCGCCGUCCAAGAGGAGGGUGGCGCCAGCGACCGGACUGGAGGUGGAGUGGACGGAGACGGGCUCGCUGUACUCGGUGUCGCCGCCGCCGAGCAGCGUGCCGAUGCCGACGUCCCUGCUGCUCACGGUCACGGCGGCGAGGAAGCCGCCGACGGCCUGCGCCGUGGAGGUGGCCGGCGGUGGCGUGGAUGUCACUGCCACGGACGAGCUCAGGCGGCUGCUCCGCCUUUAACUCCGAUCCGUGACCCUUUAUCUUUUACUCCUGACGCAUGCCUUUUCAUGGGUAGUUUUAACAUGCCCGCGCCCGGAUGGCCGGAUGUAACGAAGCAUGAUGAUUAUGUGUUGUGUUGUAUGUUUACUAGGGAGGUGUGUCGAGUUCAUUUUCCUUAUCCAUCUCACGUUAUGCUUCAUUGAAAAUUGAUCGCCAUUACCCUAAAAAAAAUGCUCGCCAUUCAGCUGAA